AUGGCCCAGAACGAACGACUCCAAGGAGCGCAGUCCCCACCGGCCGGUCCUCGUACAGUACCUCCGACGCCCCCACCUCGAAGAAACCGCAUUAAAGCAAGUGGCGCCGUCGUCGGCCUCUCCUGCUCCCUUCUGAUUUUUCUGGCCGCCUGUGCCCUGGUCUUGCUCUCGGUACGGCUGGCCGCCAUGCGGCGCAAUGACACCGUCCUCCGGGAGACGCCGUUCUGCUGUCCCAAGCAGGCGGCCGCACUGUUCGCCGUCAUCGACAACCAGGCGGAUCCCUGCGAGGACUUCUACGCGUACGUCUGCAGGAACGCCGUCGAGCAAGGCUUCGCACAGAAGCACGCCGCCCACGACAUACUGUUUACCGGAGAUCACGAAGAGCGUCCACCCGUGUUCCCGUACCCUACCGUCCCCUUUCUAAAAUGGAGCGCCAGGAGCCCGACCAAUCGUCGGCCUCUUCAGUGCAGCGUUCCAAGCAUUCUAAGCGGAGCCGCUCUUCCAGAAAACACAACAGCAACCAGACGCCGAAUGCCGAGGAGGCGGUGCAUGUCGAAGCAGCAGCGCCUGCCAGGCCGAAUGAAGCGGAGCAUGUAGAUCUAUCACCGCAGAAGCACGAGGGGCAGGCCCGUAUGAGGCCGUUGCUGCGCUGUGGAGUUUGUGACGAACCAAA